GCAGGUGACUUCUCACUACAGUUUGAGGAUCCAGAUUUCGGAAAUGCAAUAUGCAAUCUUACAGCAAUAUCUGAAUUACCAGCUGAGCGUGCAGUCCUGCAUAUAAUGUGGAACUGUGAUUCAUCUACACUUAACCAAUCCAUUGCUUCAGUGUCCUCUGCUUCAGUCUCUUCCCAGGACACAAUAAGUGUGCACUCUGAUGAUUUCAGGCCUAGCUGGACCGAUACUAUCCAGAUGAACUUAAGACAUGUGUCAGAGUGGCCCUCUCCAUUUUCUAUUCCCAAGUUUUCACAUGAUGUUGAACUGAAAUUGUGUAAGGCUAAUGUGACAUAUGAAAAAUCUAAGAAGGGCCUUGCAGUAACAAGAGACAUGAAGAUGGAGAUUUUGGAUAAAAUUGCAGAGGCAGUGUUUGAAAUUAAAGCCUACCCUGAGAAAGAUGAGGUUGAGUCAGUGGCUUCUGCACUGGUUCUCAAAUAUCCAUGCCUGAAGGAGCCAGGUAGCAUCACAGGCUACGAGGGAUGGAAAGCAAGUAUCAAGCACAAACUUGGAAACUACAGAUCAAAGCUUCGUCGGGCAGGCUGCAAUGAAGUAAAUGUAAACAGGAAAAGGAAAGGAGAAGAUGAAGCCAGCAGUCCUUUCACCCUUAAAAAGCCCAAACGUGGAGAGGUCAAUCAUGUCCCAGAUUAUCCACAGCACCAUGAUGAUUCUACUCUUGAAGAGGAAAGAGUUGCUCUGGUCAGUGAAAUGAAGAAGAAACAAAAGAACUUGAAAGUCAUACAGCAGAAGAUGGCGCUGACAUUUUCUCUCAGGCGGAGAGAGGUUGUGGAGUGUCAACCUAUGGUAUCUGAGGUCCAGGAGAGAUGGCCUGGGCUGUUUUCCUCUGAGGAGAUAUCUGAAGAAUUUCAUCGGAUCACAAGCAAAGACCUCCUAGGGACGUUCAAUGCAUCCCUCAACAAAUUUGUGCCUGGCCUGCUGAAACUAUACCGGUCUAAGAAGGGAGCUCUUGGUGAGGACAUGGAAGACCUCUUGGAUAAACUUGAUGAACAGACAUCUGACAUUGUGUCCCACCGAAAGACAGCAGCACUGAGAGGCCUGCCCAUUUUCCUCAGAGAGGAUGCAACACAGGUUUUCCUGAAGUGCUUAGACACUGACAUUUUGGAACCAGUGUUGAACGGUGCAUCAGUUGCCAUCCUCACCAUCCUGCAAGAUGACGAUGCCGAUACGUCUGUGCGAGAACAUGCUGUUGUGUUGGAAGGGGACAUCGUGCUACAUAACAUUCCAGACCUCUCUACUGCCUUGGCAUACCUCUUUGGCCUUCUGUAUGCCCUCAACAUUGAUUAUCCAAAGCAGAUGAGUUAUACCUUUGAAGCAAUUCAGGGCAUCUUUUUUGAACUCGGUGGCUCUCGAUGCUCACAGCGCAUAAGGUCUCUAAAAACAAAGCUUUUGCUGUGACUGUUAAUGGGGAAGCCAGACAU